CGACUGAAAAAGAUGGCAGUGAAGGUGCAAUAAGGGACGAUGGCAUUUGAGACCAAAAUAAAAACCGGGACGAGGUUGACGACUCUCCCAGUGUAUGGACCUUGACUGCUGACAGUGCAUUGCAGUCCACUGGCAUUGUGUCACAUGAAAAUACUUCCCGUCUAGAACACGUUAAGCUAGCUAGCAGCUUUUCAGCUAGCUAAAGAUCCAUCACAAGCAUUAUCUACUCAGGUUACCAAACUGGAAAAUCAGAGGCAACAUGGCAAUUUCCCAGUUUCGCCUUUUUAAGAUAUGCACAUGCCUUGCAUCUAUACUUUCUUUCUUGAAAAGGUUAAUAUGCAGGACUGGUCGACUGCGCAAAUUAAGUGGCGAUCAGAUAACUCUCCCUACUACAGUUGAUUUUUCAUCAGUUCCAAAACAGCCCGAAAUUGAGGAGUGGAGUUCAUGGGAUGAAGAAGCUCCCACAAGUAUCAAGGUCGAAGGGGGAAACGGAGCUGUUCCACCUGAGCAAAACAACGUAGAGGAGGAGGAGCCUGACUACUUUAAAGACAUGGCCCCCACGAUCAGAAAAACACAAAAAAUCGUGUUAAAGAAAAGGGAGCCUCUCAAUUUCACUGUCCCUGAUGGCACUUCAGGGUUCUCCAGCAGACUAGCUGCCACUCAGGACAUGUCCUUUAUCCAACCAUCUGCAGAGUUGGGUGAUUUGGACACGUGGCAAGAGGAUACUAAUGCCUGGGAGGAUGAGUCUGAUGCAGCCUGGGAGGCAGAGGAGGUGCUCAGACAACAGAAACUGGCAGAGAGAGAGAAACGUGCCAUGGAACAACAGAGGAAGAAGAUGGAGAAAGAAGCACAGAGGAUGUUGAAGAAGGAGCAGAAGAUGGCAGUCAAGCUUUCGUAACACUCAGAGGGGGGCGCUGGUCACUCACAGACAAUAUCACACAAUAUCUGUCAAUAUUUUUCACUCUUCCUGUUUUUUUCCCCCUCUCCCCAAAUACUGUGACAUCACAUGACAUUUCUCUGUCUCUAUGGCCUUUUUUU